CCGGGAAGAGUUCCUCUGAAAACACAGGGGGUUCCCUGUCGUUGGUAGCUUAGGUUGGGUGUGCUCCAAAACUAGGGUGCAAAAAGGUAAGUCUGUCUGAGGGACUCAUGUUUGAAGACUUAGCAAGAAAAGAUGUCUCUGGAGAAGGAAGAUGACGACAUUCCAGGGGGUCUAAAUAUAGAAGAACUGAAAAGCUUUCACAGCACUGCUGACAACAGUGCUAGGGAAGACUCGUUACAUUUAUCAGAGACUCCUAGAGUAGCUGGCCUGACUGUGGAAAGUUUGAGUGAAACUUCAGAGGAAGGACCUCAAGCAGAUCAGGAAGGCCAUAAAAAGACUGAAAAUGUCUCAAGAAGUGAUUUACCUGAAAAAAGGUACGAGUGUGAAUCGUCCACUGAGAUAAGUGGUUCCGUGGUGCCUCAGGCUGUCUCUGAAACAGGUGUGAGAAAGCACAUGUUAAAGUCAGCUGACAAAGACACUGGAGAGCUAAGGAAAGUGCUUGCAGGCGCUGUCAGAAGAGAUGCCAGACCAGCAGUGAAUGCUGAAAGUGCUGGAAAUGAAUCAACAUUUUUGUUGCCUGCGGAAGAAAGGAGCUUCACACUUAGACUGAGUGAUAAAGGGCUCCAGGACGUGCCGCUGUCUGCUUCCGAAACCCAAAAUGUAAAAACCUUGCUCUUACAGAACAAUGAAAUAAAAACACUACGCUUAAAUACAGUUAACCUAACUAAUCUGGAGAUCCUGAUACUUGAAAGAAACAGACUGACACAGCUGCCACCAGAAAUAUCAUUGCUUCAUAAACUAAAAGUGUUGAACGUCAGUCACAACCGGUUAUCGUGCCUCCCUGAAGAAUUGCCCAAGCUUGUGAAUAUUAAGGAGCUCUUUCUCAAUCACAACAACAUUGAUGAAUUUCCUUUUGCAUUGAAAAGCCUUGAAACAUUAGAGCUUGCUGGGAACAAGCUAAAGACUUUGUCAGAUACCAUGGUUGACAUGAAAAACUUGAAGGUACUCAACAUCGAUUCCAAUCAGAUCUCAAUAUUUCCAAGGGUUCUCUGCUACCUUCCUAAUCUAGUAAGCCUCAGUUUAUGUGAGAACUUCAUUCAGAGUUUACCGAAGGAUAUUAAAGGGCUCAAGAAAUUACAAGAAUUUUCAGUUAGCCACAAUAAGCUUAUGUUUCUGUCUGUGCAGCUUUUCCAGCUGACAAAACUGAAAAGACUCAGAGCUGAUGAUAAUAAACUGGAGUUCCUUUCAGAUAAAGUGGAGAAUUUGAGAGAACUUACGUUUCUGAACCUUUCAAAAAAUUUAUUCAAAACCAUUACAGAUAAUCUUUGCAACUGUACUAUGUUGAAACAUCUUAUUCUAUGUGAUAAUCAGUUAACCCAGCUCCCUGCCAAUAUUGACAGACUUAAAAAUUUAAAGGAGCUUUCUUUAAGUGGGAAUCAGCUGAACUCGCUGGAUGAACAAAUAUCACAUUUAAAAGACCUCUCCAAAAUAGAGCUUUCAGGAAAUGUAUUAACAUACAUCCCUGUGGAAUUAAAAACCUGUACACAGAUAACCAAGGCUGACCUCAGCAAUAAUAAGCUCUCUCAGUUUCCAUAUGCGUUGUGUGCAUUAUCUGAUCUUAAAUACUUAAAUCUUAGCGGCAACUCGAUUUCAGAAUUAAUACCUGGAAUUCCUGAUAUUAAAGAUUUGGAGCAUCUAGAAUUAAACAAGAAUAAACUGUCUUCAUUUUCUGCAUGCUUGUGUAGCCUCACAAAACUGGUUUACUUGGAUGUUAGUGAGAAUGAAAUCAAUAGCCUGCCAGCAGUGGUAUCUGAAAUGAAGGCUCUCCAGGUUCUUCUUCUGCACCACAAUAAGUUUGGCUCAUUUCCUGAAGAACUGUGUUCUUUAAAGGGUUUAAAAACACUCGACAUUUCAAAUAAUCAGAUAAAGACUAUUCCUUUAAAGAUUAGCAGACUGGAAACGAUUAAAGACUUAAAUGUAUCAAACAACCAGUUUGCAUCUUUUCCUUCUGAAAUAUGUCAUCUUUCAUCACUGGAGAAAUUGACUGUGUGUCAAAUGAAUGGGUUGAAGUUAACUAAAAUUCCAGAGGAGCUUUCCAAACUGGUUUCCCUCAGGGAGCUUGACAUAUCUCAUAACGCAUUAAAGGAAAUGCCAGACAGCAUAGGGGAACUGAAGUAUUUGGUCCAUUUAAUUGCAAAUAAUAAUGAGAUCAGCCAGCUUCCCAAGUCUAUUACAUCACUAAGAAAUCUGCAGCACCUUGACCUUAGUGAAAAUCGGCUGAGGUAUUUGCCUGCUGGCCUUCGUCACCUUUAUUUGCUGAAAGACAUAAACUUUGAUGGAAAUUCUCUGUUUGAACCACUACAAGAUGUAUGUAAAGGAAAGCAAUUACAUCCCAUUCUAUGCUAUCUGGAAAGUGCUGAUGAAAGAGAUGAGAAAAUAUUGCGCAAGAUAACAGAAGUGAUUGCUGCCAAUGUUCCUUCUGAAGAUUUUGAAUUCUUCUGCCAGAAACUACAACUUGGUCAGGCUGACAUCGAGGCUCUGCAAAAUACCAGGGCUCUUAAGUUGAAGGAGAAAAUGAUGAAGGCGCUGGACAUCUGGAUCAACAAAAACCAAGCCCUAACUUAUGGUGAAAUGAUAGAGAAAUUGAUCAGAAUGCUGAACCACCCUCCUCACAUCCCGUCGAGCAUCCCGUUCCUUGGACAUGCCAUUGCGUUUGGAAAGAGCCCUAUUGAGUUUCUGGAAAACGCCUAUGACAAGUACGGACCUGUGUUCAGUUUCACUAUGGUUGGCAAGACGUUUACAUACCUGCUGGGCAGUGAUGCUGCUGCACUGCUCUUCAACAGUAAAAAUGAAGACUUGAAUGCAGAGGAUGUGUACUCCCGGCUGACCACACCAGUCUUUGGAAAGGGAGUGGCUUACGAUGUCCCUAACGUGGUAUUUUUGGAACAGAAGAAGAUGCUCAAAACUGGGCUAAACAUUGCUCAGUUUAAGCAGCAUGUAACUCUGAUUGAAGAAGAAACAAAGGAAUAUUUCAAAGCUUGGGGAGAGAGUGGAGAAAGAAACCUCUUUGAAGCCUUUUCAGAACUUAUCAUCUUGACAGCAAGUCACUGCUUGCAUGGGAAGGAAAUCAGAAGCUUAUUAAAUGAGAAGGUGGCUCAGCUGUAUGCUGACCUGGAUGGGGGCUUUACUCACGCUGCGUGGCUUUUGCCAGCCUGGCUACCUCUGCCCAGCUUCAGGCGUCGCGAUCGAGCACACAGAGCAAUAAAGAACAUUUUCUACAAGGUUAUCCAGAAGCGUCGGAGUUCUGAGGAAAAGGAGGAUGACAUGCUCCAAACUCUACUUGAUGCUUCAUACAAGGAUGGCCGCCCGCUGACAGAUGACGAGAUAGCUGGGAUGCUCAUUGGGCUGCUCCUGGCAGGGCAGCACACAUCCUCAACCACUAGUGCCUGGCUGGGCUUCUUCAUAGCCAGAGACAAAGCCAUACAGGAGCAGUGCUACGCAGAGCAGAAAGCCGUUUGUGGAGAUGAUUUGCCACCAUUAACUUAUGACCAGCUCAAAGAUCUCAGUUUGCUAGAUCGCUGCCUAAAAGAAACCUUAAGGCUUAGACCUCCUAUAAUGACCAUUAUGAGACUGGCCAAAACUCCCCAGACCGUCGCAGGAUACAGCAUUCCCCCCGGCCAUCAGGUCUGCGUGUCCCCCACCGUUAACCAACGCCUGAAGGACUCCUGGAAGGACGCCCUGGACUUCAAGCCUGACCGCUAUCUCCGGGACAACCCGGCAGCUGGGGAGAAGUUCGCCUACAUUCCGUUUGGCGCCGGCCGUCAUCGCUGUAUUGGAGAGAACUUCGCUUACGUUCAGAUCAAGACUAUUUGGUCCACUCUGCUUCGUUUGUACGAAUUUGAUCUCGUCAAUGGCUACUUUCCAAGUAUAAAUUAUACAACCAUGAUACAUACGCCUAAUAACCCAGUUAUCAGAUAUAAGAGGAGGUCACUGUAAAUUCUGGAGCUAAAACCUUGAAUUGUGCAAACUAACAGACUUUUGAUGGAAUAAUUGUGACAAAAUGAAUGGCAAGUGGAAACUGUUCCAUAUACUGUGUAGAAACAGGCCUGCACCCUCUUUGCAUCUGUGUUGUUCAUUUCCCCACACUGUUUAGUAUUGCUGUGUAUAACUGCUUCUUCUAUCCAUCUCUUGGUGAUUUUUUUUUUUUUUUGGAAAGAAAAACCAUCUUGUAUGUGUGUAACACUUCCAAGGUGCAUGCCUCCCUCCCUGCCUCCCUCCCCCCCUUUACAGUGAAGAAAUGUUUUUUUUUUCUACCAACUGGAAUCUUUGCUUUAAGAAACAUUUGACGACUGCCUUUCCCCAGAUAAGGAGGGCUAUGACUGUACCUCACCUCUGUGCCCAACGACAGUACGGCCAUCAGGUACGAGGGAGCAGGGGCAGUGUAUGUGCCCCGCUUUGAAACAGAAUCACAGAUCGAGAAGGGAACAAAGUGACAUCCCGGCCGCUUAGAAGUGCCCACCUAACCCUAACUAUUACCAGUUGUCACCGUACAGCUGAGUAGAGGUGUCUGCAGAAGUGUUCAUAGGGAAGCUUUGUAACUGAGCAAUUUAAAUGUUUAACUUGGAGCGUUUGUAAAGUGUUUCGCUUCACGAAGCUACAAAUAAUUUUCUGAACUAAACUGUGAAAAGCAGCCAUCUCUGAAAGCUUGGUGCAAGCAUGGAAGUAACAACAGGACGACACAGCGCUAGUAAAUAACACGUUCACCUGGAAAAUAACCCAUAAAUGAAGUGAAAUAGCGGAAUGCUGUUACACUUUGCAUUGACUCAUGCAGGAUUGUUGAAUAGUGUUUGGUUCACAAGUGGUGGUGAUAAAUGGUCGUGAGCUCCAGCUCAUAGGAAUUUUGAUUAAAAUUUGUAAAGAAA